AAAAAUACCCUCUUCUUUUGGAAAAAUCCUCUUUCCUCCACAUAUCUCGCCGUUUCUCAUAGGGUCAUCAAAUCUUUGACCCUCCCAAAAUGUGCUGCUUCCCUAAAAAUAGCUCAAUUUUUUUUUUUUUAAUUUUUGGAACAACAAUCUUUUACAACCAAGAUUCAAUAAUGAGCUAAUGUAGGGACUUCAAUUUUGAUCCUUAUUUUUCUCUCUUCCCCCCUCCCCCUGUGUGUGAUCCUUUUUUCCCAUAAGAGUUUUUAUUCCUUUGAUGGGGGGACAUGGGUUGUGUCAGCUCCAAGCAGGCCACGGCCCAUUCCCCGCCACACCACAAUUACGAUUCCUCCUCUAUAAAAACUGCUGUUAUUAACAGAAAUGGAGAAGUUAUUAAAGAUCCCAAUUUGCAGCAUGUUAAUAAGAGGGGAUUUGGCCCUCUGGAGAAGAUUAAAGAGGAACCCGAGAAGGAGAAGGCAGAAUCUUUAAUUCGAAGGAAUUCCUCGAAUUGUAGGGGUUCCAAGAAAGGGAGCAAUGAAAAAAAGGCUAAUUUUAGUAUCAAAUUUGGAAGGUUAACAGAAGGAGAACAUUUGGCUGCUGGUUGGCCCGUGUGGCUCACUGCCGUCGCGUCUGACGCUAUUGAGGGUUGGCUGCCCCUUAGAUCAGACGCGUUCGAGAGGUUAGAAAAGAUUGGACAAGGUACAUACAGCAGUGUUUAUCGUGCACGUGACAUCGAGACUGGUAAAAUGGUUGCCCUGAAGAAGGUGAAAUUUGACAAUUUCCAGCCAGAUAGUGUCAGAUUUAUGGCCCGAGAAAUAACAAUUCUUCGCAAACUUGACCAUCCAAAUAUCAUGAAGCUGAUUGGAAUAAUCACUUCUCGGUUAUCAUGCUGCAUAUACCUUGUUUUUGAAUACAUGGAACAUGACCUCUCUGGACUGUUGUCAUGUCCUGACAUCAAGUUCACUGAUUUACAGAUCAAAUGCUAUAUGCGGCAGCUGCUGAGUGGACUAGAGCAUUGUCAUUCUCGAGGUAUAAUGCACCGAGAUAUUAAAACAUCCAAUGUUUUGAUAAACAAUGACGGAAUUCUAAAGAUAGCAGAUUUUGGUCUUGCAAAUUUCCUUAGUGCUAGGCACAAGCAACCACUAACCAGCCGCGUAGUUACAUUAUGGUAUCGACCUCCUGAACUUCUGCUGGGAUCCACAAAUUAUGGGCUAACGGUGGAUUUGUGGAGUGCUGGUUGUGUUUUUGCAGAACUAUUUUUCGGGAGGCCUCUCCUGAAAGGGAGGACUGAGGUUGAACAAUUGCACAAAAUAUUCAAACUCUGUGGUUCUCCAUCUGACGAAUACUGGAGAAAGUCUAAACUUCCACUUGCAACAAUUUUUAAACCCCAACAUCCUUAUGAGAGUACACUUCGAGAUAGAUGUAAAGAAUUACCAAAAACUGCUGUCAACCUUAUAGAAAAACUUCUUUCAAUUGACCCUCACAGACGUGGAACUGCUUCAUCUGCUAUUGAUUCUGAGUAUUUCAAUACAAAACCUUACGCUUGUGAUCCAUCAAGCUUGCCUAAGUACCCCCCAAACAAGGAAAUUGAUGCAAAGUUCCGAGAAGAAGCACGGAGAAAGAAGGCCAGUUCCACAAUGAAAGCAUCUGGAGCUUCAAGAGAUUCAAGAAAGGUGCAAAAAGAUCUUCAAAAAUCGAGCAACUUCGGCAUAGUUGCCUCAACUGAGGAAUCUGAAGUCAAUAUCCACAAUGGUCGUAGAAACAAUGGUGGUAGUGGUCAUAUUUCUAAGGGAAAAGGAGCUACCGUGGCACGUAUAUCAAUGAAGCCAUCUUAUGAUACAGUGUCAGAGGUUUCUCAGACGACCGAAGAAUCUCAGGGCGAAAGCAUUCGAUCUGUCCCUGCUCAAAUGGCAGCGUCAAGUGGGGUUACCUGGGCGAAAAAGAGAAAGCAAGAUUCUGCAGCCACAAGGCCACAUCCACAGGCCAAUUCAAGAAGUCAAAAGUUGAUUGCCUUUGACCUUUCCAAUGUACUGCAUGCUGCAGAUACCUCGGAUUUAAACAUGCAAGGUAGUUAUGAUUUUUCGAGCAGGAUCAACACCGAAGACAGAGGCCACAACAAUGACGCCACGCAUUCUAUUGGCAGGCAAUAUACUCACGAGUCUCAAGAAUUGUCAGAGGACUACAAUGACAAACAAAGAAGGGUUGGGUUCUCAGGACCAUUGAUACAACAGAGGAGUGAUGCAAAGCGCGAUAAUCAAACUCGCCAAGAUGGUCGCAGAUCCCGGUUUUAUAGAGAUUUAUAAUGAGAAUGAGCUAGAAGUGCAUCCUGCAUCCCUUAGCCAGUGAAGUGACUCGGGAGAACUUUUUGUUGAUCGAGAAAGAAAAUCAAAGUCUGUUAAGCAAUGUGGCCUUUUCGUUUCAUUUUUGCCCUGGCCACUCUAUUUAUGAAUUGGCCUCGGUGAACUCUGACCCUUGCGACUUUAUUUUUUUUCUGGCAAAUCAUUUGGGAAACUAGUAAAGAGAUCGUGCAGACAAAGACAUUGACUGGUGAAAGAGAUACUCCUACUAGUUUUUAUACCAAAUAUGAUGGAAUCGCCAGAAUCUUGAUGCUGAAUCCUGAAAGUGGUUGGAAGAAUUGGAAUAUGAUAAUAUGCUGGAGAAUCGCAACAUGUAUCCCCUGAACCUUUUUUCCUUCCAUUUCUUGAUUAGUGUCUAGGCUUCCCUCAUUGUAACUGGAAAAUAUGUACACACACACAUAUGUUCCAUUAGUUCACAUGUUUAUAUAUUAUAUACUACAAAUUCCAAUAUUCCACCAUCCUUUGUGUC